CCUAUUCUUGGCUCGGAGCUUCGCCGUGCUCUUUUUGAUUUCUCCUCGUCCAUUCACAGAGACAGAGAGCCGCGAUGGCGGAGGAGAGCAAGAGCGGCGUAGGAGCGGUGGCGCAGGCGGCGACGUCGCCCAAGAUCGUCCUGAAGAGCAUCGACAUGAGCGAGAAGAUGCGGAACGACGCGAUCGACUGCUCCCGCGCCGCGUUUGAGAAACACAGGUUGGAGAAGGAAAUCGCCGAAUACAUCAAAAAGGAAUUCGAUAAGAAGUAUGGGCAAACUUGGCACUGCAUCGUCGGGCGCAACUUCGGAUCAUAUGUAACACAUGAGACCAACCACUUCCUUUAUUUUUACGUUGACUCGAAGGCUGUUUUGCUAUUCAAAUCUGGAUGACUGUGAGUUCUUCCUGCUAAUCCGAUGCCUGGAUUCUGCUCCGAAUCUUUGGCUUGUCUAUCUUAUUAAGGAUCUUCUGCACUCCCUGUAUAUCUCAUGCACAUCUCCGCUUUCACCUUGAACCGCUUUGAACAAUGUAUUUGUUGAUCUAUCAGGGAAAUAUCCUAACUUUUGGUUGAAA